UUCAGUUUAUUUAGCAGGCUGUGUUUUGUAGGAAUGACUGUAAAACCACAAACAGGACGGCAAAAUGCUUUUCACUCGAAGAGACGAUGAAGUGGAUUGUCUUAUUGAGAGAAUAUCCGACACUGACAGUGUUGAGAAAGCUGACAAACUCUAUUCAUGUGUGUGUUAUCCCAGGAUAAAGAAACGACACGUCUUGACUAUCUGGGCUUUCCUUGGUUUCUUCAAUGUCUACUGUCUACGGGUCAAUCUCAGUGUGGCGCUUGUUGCCAUGGUAAACAACACAGACUCAUCGACGAAUGACACUCAAAACACUGAAUGUGUUGGACCUAAUGAUACAACAACAAAAAACUUGUCAGGAGAAUUCCCCUGGAACGAGGAGACUCAAGGCUGGGUUCUUGGCGCCUUCUUCUACGGUUGCAUCAUCACACAGAUCCCAGGUGGCUCGAGCUAUCUGGCGGCCACUAUUUCAGGAGAGUUCCCCUGGAACGAGGAGACUCAAGGCUGGGUUCUUGGCACCUUCUUCUACGGUUGCAUCAUCACACAGAUCCCAGGUGGCUCGAGCUAUCUGGCGGCCACUAUCUCAGGAGAAUUCCCCUGGAACGAGGAGACUCAAGGCUGGGUUCUUGGCGCCUUCUUCUACGGUUGCAUCAUCACACAGAUCCCAGGUGGCUCGAGCUAUCUGGCGGCCACUAUUUCAGGAGAGUUCCCCUGGAACGAGGAGACUCAAGGCUGGGUUCUUGGCACCUUCUUCUACGGUUACAUCAUUACACAGAUCCCAGGUGGCUCGACAUAUCUGGCGGCCACAUUUUCAGGAGAGUUCCCCUGGAACGAGGAGACUCAAGGCUGGGUUCUUGGCGCCUUCUUCUACGGUUACAUCAUUACACAGAUCCCGGGUGGCUCGACAUAUCUGGCGGCCACAUUUUCAGGAGAGUUCCCCUGGAACGAGGAGACUCAAGGCUGGGUUCUUGGCGCCUUCUUCUACGGUUGCAUCAUCACACAGAUCCCAGGUGGCUCGAGCUAUCUGGCGGCCACUAUUGAGAGUUCCCCUGGAACGAGGAGACUAAAGGCUGGGUUCUUGGUGCCUUCUUCUACGGUUACAUCAUUACACAGAUCCCGGGUGGCUCGAGCUAUCUGGCGGCCACAUUUGUUAUCUUAUAAUGCUUGUAUUUGUUUUAGUCAGGAGAGUUCCCCUGGAACGAGGAGACUCAAGGCUGGGUUCUUGGCGCCUUCUUCUACGGUUACAUCAUUACACAGAUCCCGGGUGGCUCGAGCUAUCUGGCAGCCACAUUUGUUAUCUUAUAAUGCGCUGUAUUUGUUUCAGUCAGGAGAGUUCCCCUGGAACGAGGAGACUCAAGGCUGGGUUCUUGGCGCCUUCUUCUACGGUUACAUCAUUACACAGAUCCCAGGUGGCUAUCUGGCAGCGACAUUUGGGGCUAAACGUCUCUUUGCCUAUGGGAUUCUCUGUACAUCGGUCCUGACUCUUCUGACACCAGUGGCAGCCAGACUUCACCUCGGUGUAUUGAUAGCACUCAGAGUUGUGGAGGGAUUGGGAGAGGGAGUAACAUUUCCAUCCAUGCAUGCAAUGUGGGGUAAUUGGGCGCCUGUGUGGGAACGCAGCAAAUUAACAGGUUUUGCUUAUGCAGGAGCUCAACUUGGGACAGUGUUUGCAAUGCCAAUAUCAGCAAUCCUCUGUAGCUCCAGUUUUCUUGGGGGCUGGCCCUCAUGUUUUUCUAUGUCAAUCCAGCAGAUUACAGAUGCCGUGUGGUUUCUGUAUCGUUCUUUGAAAUUGGUUGCUAGCCCUACGUAUGAUUCUGUGUUUGAUUUUGUUGUCACUGUUGCUUGUCUUUGGAGGAACGUAGUUUUGCUUGCCAGGGGGAUAUUCUUGGUGGAAUACUCGAAGUCCUUCACUUGUAAAUUCAUUCUAAACAGCGCUCAACUGGUUUACAAAAAAACUAGCCACAGUACCACAAACAUGAUAACCCCAACAGACAAGGAAAUUGCAAAAAAACUGGAACUCGAUGAUAGAAUUGAAGUAUCAGCAAAUAGAGAUUCAUUCAUAACACUGAAAGACCAUAAACCGGAUUUCAACAACAACCCGACAUGCAGACUAAUCAACCCAAGCAAAUCAGAAAUUGGCAUUAUCAGCAAGCAUAUUUUAGACAAGAUAAACAUACAGAUUAUCAAGGCAACCAAAGUGAACCUGUGGAGAAACACAAGCAGCGCCAUAGAAUGGUUCAAAAAUAUCCCAGAAAAACGUAAACACGCAUUUAUCACCUUUGAUGUGUGUAACUUCUACCCAUCGAUAUCAGAAGAUCUCCUAAGAAAAGCACUCGACUAUGCAUCAACAUUCACUGAUAUUACACAACAGGACCAAGAAAUUAUUAUUCACACAAAAAGAUCACUCUUGUACCACAAAGACUCACCAUGGAUAAAGAAAGACACAAACAACAUGUUUGAUGUGCCAAUGGGUUCAUAUGACGGAGCGGAAACCUGUGAGCUAAUAGGUACAUACAUGCUGUCGCUGAUUGCAUCAAAAUUCAAAGAUGAAAUAGGACUGUAUCGCGACGACGGUGGCCUGGGUGUUCUGUGGUUUGUGUUUUGGAUGUGGAUAAUUCACGAGACACCAGCCGACCACCCAACAAUAACAAAGGCAGAACAACAGUAUAUUGAGGAGUCCAUUGGUCAAAAAGAGCACAUGUCUACACCAUGGAAGGAGAUACUAACGUGUCCAGCCUUGUGGGGUAUCGCCGCGGCCCAUGUUUCUAACAACUGGUUGCUAUACAUGACCUUGACCUGUCUGCCAACCUACAUGAAAUACAUACUCAAGUUUGACAUGAAAUCGAAUGGUUUCUUGUCUGCGUUGCCAUACCUGGUGCUGUGGUUUAUGCAAGUGUUUUCAAGUUGGUUUGCCGAUUUCUUGCGAAAAAAUCUCUACCUAUCAACUCUGAGCACCAGGAAAAUACUCAACACUGCAGGUCUUCUUUUACCGACAGUGUUUAUUGUGGGCGCUGGCUACACGGGCUGUGAUCACACACUUGCGGUUGUUCUGUUAACUCUGGCUGUCGGCAGUGCAGGGAUGACUAUGCCAGGGUUUAAUGUUAACCAUCUGGAUAUUGCACCAAAAUUUGCAGGGGUUCUUCUAGGAAUCACCAACAGCUUGGCAACCAUUCCUGGAUUCUUAGCGCCCAUUGUUGUGGGAGUCCUUACCAACCAUAAUGAAACCAGUGAGCAAUGGCGGAUCAUCUUCUUCAUGACUGCGGGAAUCUUGGUGACCGGGGCAGUCAUCUUCGCUGUCCUCGCUCAGGGCGACGAGAUGUUGUGGGCUCGGGAAAAUGCCGAGUUAGGGAAGUGGACACAGAAAACUCCUGAACCAAGUGACAUCCAAGGAGCAGACUACUCACCUGUACAUGGGAAAGAACAAUAGGAAUGAUACAUGGCUGUCGAGAACAAUCCGAGAGCAACGUCAGGGUCGUAAUAUAUCCCCGUUCAUGCCUUAUAGUCACAUAUGUUGGAAACAUUUGAGUGGUGUGCCCAGUACGGACAUGCUUUAACAUUAAGUGGCUGUAAGCACAUUCCAAAAUCAUGAUAGAACAAUUGGACAGUUAAUUAACACUGUGUGAGGAGGAAAAUUUGCCAAAUUAUCUAUUAAAACUUUAAAAAUUGCACAAAUCCAGAUACCGUAUUUAUUGACAAAAUAUCAUUUAUUACAUGAAAUUAUUUCACCAUAUUAAAAUAAAAUUUGCCAGAUCCUUUUUUAAUUUGACAUUUUACAAUUUUUCAAGAAGACUAGUUAUUAAUUAAUAUGGUGUGGCCCAUUUUGUAAUUCUUUUUAAUGUGACAAAUUCUUAUGUGAAGUGAUUUUGUUUAAACAACAUUUAUUUUUGUUUAUAUUGAUAUUAAUUAUCAGGUGUAACCUAUUGGCAUUUUUCACAGUUAAUCGCCCAAAUCAUGAUUCAGUAUGGUGUGCUAUCCUGCAAUGAAAUAUUUUGGCCCAACACAUCACUGGUUUGUAUUGGUGCUUAUGGGUUACCCCUAACUGUGUAGAGCAUUUCAGAUCUUUCAUUUCAGUUGAAAUUACACAAUGUGUCUAUUGGUGUGGCAAAUAAGGGUAAUUAUUGUUGAUGCGGCAAAUAAGGGUAAUUAUUAUUGAUGCGGCAAAUACGGGUAAUUAUUGUUGGUGCGGCAAAUAAGGGUAAUUAUUGUUGGUGCGGCAAAUAAGGGUAAUUAUUGUUGGUGUGGCAAAUAAGGGUAAUUAUUAUUGGUGCGGCAAAUAAGGGUACGGCAAAUAAGGGUAAUUAUUAUUGGUGCGGCAAAUAAGGGUAAUUAUUGUUGGUGUGGCAAAUAAGGGUAAUUAUUGUUGGUGUGGCAAAUAAGGGUAAUUACUGUUGAUGUGGCAAAUAAGGGUAAUUAUUGUUGGUGCGGCAAAUAAGGGUAAUUAUUGUUGGUGCGGCAAAUAAGGGUAAUUAUUGUUGAUGCGGCAAAUAAGGGUAAUUAUAUUGCUGUUAAACAUUUCCAUUUGAAUUCUCACCGAGUUCAUCCAUUUGUUGUAAAAAUGUAUUGAACAUGUUUUAUGUUAAAACAACUGGUUUGCAGACACUUCAUUUCUCACUUUUGUAAAUAUUGGAUGUAAGUUCAAACGUUAUUGCAAAUGUACUACUUUCUUAUGCUUUUUCAAAUCCUGUUUAUAUCAUGUUAUUUGGACCUUAAGUCUUUCUUUUUC